CCGGUAUACACUUUUACUUGCGUCCGGUCUGCUGGCGGGUGCACUUUCUUCCACCGCAGUCGCACCACAGUCUCCGUAACAAUUGUCGCUUCCGUCGCUAUUUCAUCCGUCACCAACUCAUCACCGUUUCGAACCAUAUACAAUUGUUUAUGUCGAUAAGUUGAGCGAGGUGAACAUUACGACGUCCCACGCGAGUUUAUGGUGCGCGACUGUCGACGAUGCGGCCGCCGCAGCUGCAGCUGCUGCACGUCCUUUUCUGCUUCACGUAUAUCACGGUGGUCACUCCCUUGGUGACAAUCGACAAACAUGCGAAACCAGUCACGAAUGAUCAUUACGACACCGGAAUUCUUCCACCACCGGUUAAUUCUUCCUCGUCGACCAGUCACCGUGAUAAGAGGAUAUUCUUUGAUGAUCUUUUUGGAUCAGUUAGUUAUGAACCGGAAGAAAAAUUAACAAUCGAAAAUUGCACAUGCAAUUGUGGAGUAUCUAAUCAAGAAAUCCGCAUAGUAGGCGGACGACCCACUGGAGUGAAUAGAUACCCUUGGGUGGCUAGGCUUGUUUAUGAUGGCCAUUUUCAUUGCGGAGCAUCGCUCAUCAAUAGCGAUUACAUACUUACAGCUGCUCAUUGUGUGCGGAAGCUAAAAAAAUCAAGAAUUCGUGUAAUAUUAGGUGAUCAUGAUCAAAGCACAACAUCUGAUGGUGAAACAAUUACUAGGAUGGUGGCAUCUAUAGUUCGACAUCGAAAUUUUGAUGUAAAUUCAUAUAAUCAUGACGUGGCCUUAUUAAGGUUACGAAAGUCAGUUCCAUUUUCCAAAGCAAUUCGUCCCAUUUGCUUACCCGCGUCUACUCGAGAACCAUCCGGAAAAAUGGGAACAGUAGUUGGUUGGGGACGAGUAUCCGAAGGUGGUUCCCUAGCCAAUAUUGUGCAGGAAGUUCAAGUACCUAUCUUGUCUUUGGCACAGUGUAGAGCGACGAAAUACCGACCGCAGAGAAUUACUAAUAAUAUGAUUUGUGCCGGAAGAGGCGUGGAGGAUUCUUGCCAGGGUGACAGUGGUGGCCCUUUGUUGAUAAAUAGCGAUGUUGAAGACAAGUUAGAAAUUGUCGGAAUAGUGUCUUGGGGCGUUGGCUGUGGACGACCUGGUUAUCCAGGAGUAUAUACCAGAGUUACUAGAUACUUGGAUUGGAUACAGAAUAAUAUGCGAGAUACUUGUGCUUGCAUAAAAUAUUUCAUUAAUUUUAUUAAUCAGCCGCAGUUGGUCCAGGUCACAGUCAUGACACUGAAUCUUCAAGGUUCACGGCUUUUUGUUGGAUUAUUACUACUUAUGUUAAAUACACAACAGGGAAAUGGCUUCAAAAACAUUUCAAUGGGUUUUGGAUUCCGUAAACCUAUAUUACAAACUUUCACCGAUUGGUUUACAGGAAAAAAUCAAUGUGACUGUACUUGCGGAGUCCCAAGUUCUAAUAGAAAAAUCGUCGGAGGAGAUCCAGCUGAUGCUAAUGAGUUUCCGUGGAUGGUUCGUUUACACUACAGAAGCAAAUUUAUUUGUGGUGGCUCUUUAAUCAACGAUCGUUAUGUGUUGACCGCGGCUCAUUGUGUCAAAGGAUUAAUGUGGCCAUUAAUUAGAGUCACGUUCGGUGAACAUGACUACUGUAAUGCUACAAGUAAACCAGAGAGCAGAUUUGUUUUACGGUCAAUUAUUGGCCAAUUUAGUGUGUCAAACUUUCAAAAUGAUUUGGCCCUUUUAAGAUUAAGUAGCCGAGUUUCCAUUACUGCUACAAUCAGACCUAUUUGUUUACCUACAAAUGAUAGCUAUGAUGAUGUGAUUGGAAAAGUUGCUGGAUGGGGACAAUUAAAUGAAGAUGGCAAAACUUCAUGUAUUUUAAGACAAGUGGAUGUACCAAUUAUAACCAAUGAUAAUUGUGGUAAAAUAAACACAAUAAAUUCUAUAACGGAAAAUAUGAUGUGUGCAGGUUAUGAGGAGGGUACUAAAGACUCUUGUCAAGGAGAUAGUGGAGGGCCUCUUAUGAGACGUAUGGAGAAUAAGCGAUAUGAAAUCAUUGGAAUAGUGUCUUGGGGACAUGGAUGUGCCCGGCCUGGAUUUCCAGGAGUAUACACUAGAGUGGUCAAAUAUUUAUUAUGGAUAAAUGAAAAUUCAAGAGAUGGAUGUUUUUGUAAAGAAUCUAACCUGCUGUUACUUGGGCUCGCAGUCAUGACACUGAAUCGCCAAGGUUCGCGGCUUCUUGCCGGGUUAUUGCUACUGGCUUUUUUAGCUCUACAAGGAAAUGCAUUUAAAAAGAUUACAACUGAUUUCGGGUUCCGCAGACCCAUACCUCAAGGCAUUACUGAGAUGUUCUCGAAAAAAACUGAAGAAUGUGACUGUAGUUGCGGAGUUCCAAAUUCAGAUACUAAAAUUGUAGGAGGUGAUCCAGCUGACGUACAUGAAUUCCCCUGGAUGGUUCGUUUGUCAUAUUUUAAUCGUUUCUAUUGCGGUGGUACUCUCAUCAAUGAUCGAUACGUGUUGACCGCAGCUCAUUGUGUCAGAGGAUUUUUUUGGCCUUUAAUUAAAGUUACAUUUGGUGAGCAUGAUUAUUGUAAUUCAACUAGAAAACCAGAGACAAGAUUUGUUUUAAGAUCAAUUGUUGGUGAUUUCAGCUAUUUGAAUUUUCAUAAUGACUUGGCUCUUUUAAGAUUAAAUGAUCGUAUUCCACUAACAGUGUCAAUAAGACCUAUAUGUUUGCCAACUAACGAAAGCGACACUUACGUCGGAACCAUUGGAAAGACAGCAGGUUGGGGGACUCUAUACGAAAAUGGUUCACCCUCGUGUGUAUUAAGACAUGUCGAUGUUCCUGUUGUUGACAACGAGUCAUGUGGUGCGAUGAAUUACACAAAUGGUCUAAUAACAGAGAAUAUGAUAUGUGCGGGUCAUGAGUUGGGUAUGAAAGACUCUUGUCAAGGAGACAGUGGUGGACCAUUGAUGAGACUUACAGAAAAUAAGCGAUUUGAAAUUAUUGGUAUCGUUUCUUGGGGACAUGGAUGUGCCCGGCCUGGAUACCCCGGAGUAUAUACCAGAGUGAUCAAAUAUUUGUCAUGGAUUAAAGAACACUCAAAAGAUGGUUGUUUUUGUAAACAAUAAUAUUUUAGUGAAACUGUUAAUUUAUUGAGUAAAUGUUUUACUUUUUCAAAGAAAAAAAUUGUUUAUAUUUUGACUGUUAUAAUUAUAAGAAUCGUUGUGAAAAUUCUUUUCAAUAA